AUGAGAGAUGCUCGAAUCGAGCGCAAAGGAUCCGCAGCCAAGCUAGGCCGUCCCCGCGUCCGGCGGGAGCGCCGUCGCAUGCAACCGCGCCGGCGGCAGGCGAAAACCGACGAACCGCCCUCGGGGAGUUGGUGGCGUAUGCCUUUGACCGGGUCGUGGCCACCCAAUAAUAGGCGUUUCGUUAAAACCGUGUCCGCGCGCACGGCCGCUCCGCUCCCGCUGCUUUCCCUCCAAAUCGCCCGCGCGGGCCCCGUCACCCCUGAUGCGACGCCCUCCGCCCUCCGCCAGUUCCCUCCCCGCCCAUCCCCGCCUCCGCCACCACCCGUCCCUCCUCCACACAUGGCGGAGAGGGCCCUCCCGCCCGCGGUGCCGGCGUCGCCCGAGCCGGCCUCCUCCUCCGCGGUCUCCACCGCGUUCGGCUCGCCGCUCGAGCCCGUCGCCGCGACGACGGCAGCGACGCACGACACGUACGUGGUGCAGGUGCAGAAGGACCAGAUAUACCGCGUCCCGCCACCGGAGAACGCCUACCUCGCCGAGCGCUACCGGAACGAGCGCGGCGGCGGCGGCGGCAACAAGAAGAGCAGCGGCCAGGCGUCGGCCGCGUGCUCCCCGUGCGUCCUGCGCACGCUCGGCGCGCUGCUGGCGGCCGCCGCGCUGGUGGGCGCCGCCGUCCUCAUCUCCCUCGUCGUGCUGCGGCCGGGCGUCCCGGGCUUCUCCGUCGACAGGAUCACCGUGAUCAACUCGACGCGGCAGCAGCGCGUGGACUUCGACGUCUUCCUCACGGCGGUGAACCCAAACAAGAUGACGGCGCUGUGGUACAGGAGCGGCACGGUGAGGCUGACGCACCACGGGACGACCCUCGGCAAGGGCGACGUCGGGCAGCCCGCGGACGGCGGCGAGGACGCCAUCGACUUCAGCGUGCUGCUGCAGGGGGUGAAGCACAACGGCCGCUUGCCCAAGGCGGUGGAGAAAGGGUUCAGCGGGUCCAGGGACCACCUCCCGCUCCAGCUCGCCGUGGAGGUCACCGUGCAGGUGCACGUCGGCGCGCUCGGGUUCGGGCAGAGGAGGCUGGCCGUGGACUGCGGGAUCACCGCCGCCGGGCUGAGCAAGGACGUGCACAUUGCGUCGCAGCAUUGCAAGAGCAGCUUCCGGAACUGACGACAUCGGGGGGCGCGGCUGUGGUCUGGAACUCUGGAUCGUGCGUGGGAGGUGGAAAUUGACGCCGCUCGGGGUCGGGGUCAUGUUCAUGUAUGGCGCGCGGCGGCGUGGAAUUGAAGCGAAAUGGGGGACGGAAGAUGGAUCGAUCGUGCUCGCGCCGCGCGCCUUAUGUUGUAAAAAUGUUGUGAAAUUCUCGAGACUUUGAUGUAAAUUGUCACGAACUGAAUCAUGGCGUUUGAAGGCCGCCGGAUCACAGCAACACGUACUA